GGUUGGCGGCGGGCGAUCAGUCGGUAGUCCGGGUCGCUGGCACGCCGUCCGUCGUCGUUGGCUGUUCUCCUGCGUGGCAUGUAGCUGGGCAUCCUUCCUUACAAUUCAAGCAGAGCAAAUUCGCAACUGUGACAAACACGGCAGCAGAACUGGCAGCGGAAAAAGUGUCGCGCAGAUUUUGUCGGUGCGUGUCCGAUGAGUGCCGGAACCCGCCGGUCGUGACCAUGGAGGCCAGAGCGACCACACUGACGUGCACCAAACGGCCCUCGGCCGUCCUCUUCUUGUGUGUCCUCGCCAUCGUCGCACCCUCGUUAGCAGGUGCGACUGCCGGACACGGAGACUCGCUGCUGAAGCCCAAGGGUCGUUACUCUGAGCUGCCGCGCGUGGUCGAGCGACCCUACUUCGACGACGUGUCCCCGCGCAACGUGACCGCCGUGGUCGGCCAGCCGGCCGUCCUCAACUGCCGGGUCAAGCACAUCGGCAACAGAACGGUUUCAUGGAUUCGAAAACGCGAUUUACACAUUUUGACAUCGAGCAUCCACACGUACACGGGCGACGCUCGGUUCACGGUGCUGCACCCUGACGGAUCGGACGAAUGGAACCUGAAGGUGGACUUUGUGCAGAAGCGCGACGCCGGCAUCUACGAGUGCCAGGUCAACACGGAGCCAAAGAUGAACAUGGCGCUGCUGCUGACGGUCGAAGACAAGAAUUCCACUGACUUGCUUUCUACGGCCCGCUCGAGCGGCAAGGCUGCCGGACCCUCCUCAGGUGCUUACCCUGACUUCUUCUGCGCCCUAUGUCCCUCGGUUUGCCCGCCGCGUUACCACGAGAUAAGCCGAAACGCCCGAACUCAUUCGGCGCAAGCCAGCAUCUGGGGUCCUGAGGACGUGUACGUGAAGCGCGGCAGCACCAUCAGCCUCACCUGCCAGGUCAACAUCCACUCGAACCCGCCGUCAUCGGUGCUGUGGUACCACGGCGCCGCCUCGGUUGACUUCGACUCACCACGCGGAGGCAUCAGCCUCGAGACGGAGAAGACGGAGUCGGGCACCACCUCCAAACUGCUCAUCACCAAGGCACGGCUCACCGACUCGGGCAACUACACUUGCGUGCCAUCAAGCGCAGAGCCGGCCAGCGUCUGGGUCCACGUGCUCAAUGGUGAGCACCCGGCAGCCAUGCAGCACGGAGAGCACGGUGCAGGUCGUCGUGCGGCGCGCUCGGCGAUGCUGCUGCUCGCCUCGUUACUCGUCCACGCGGCGCUCACCUGCAGAUGAUGCAUCUAAGUGGGCAACGACGCUUUGGGACACUCCGGUGCUUGUUGUUGACAUGUGUACCGCGCCAAAACGAGAGAUCAAUGGGCAGAGGUCUCUGUCGUUGUGUGUAAAUUAAUAAUGUGCGGAAAAAGUACGUAACGAAAAGGGACUGAUUUGAACACAUUUUCACGAGCGUCUACCCCACCCCACCCCUCCCCCUCACCUAACCAGGGUUUGUCGCAAGGGCGGACAAUUGACAAAUAGACUUUCCGAUGGUUUUAAUUUAUUUGCAUUUCAGAAGUAAACGGACUUUUUCAAUCAAUUUGGUAAAUCUAAAAUCUGCAAUCCCACUUUUCCUGGGUUGGAAAAUCUGGAAAACAAUUUGAAUUUGCUUUUAAUUUGACAAUUCUUGCUAAAGCAAUUGAAAUCGAGUGGUCAUUUUUUUAAUUGUAGUUUUCUUUCACUUUGCAUUAUAAUUUUUUUACUGUGCAGUAUUUAAUUUAAUCAUCUUUAUUAUAUACAUCAGAUUUAAUAAACAACAGUUUGUUUAAUUAUUUCAUACUUAAAAUUUUAUAUAAUAUCACGCUGAUUUUUCCGCAACCCAAAUUGUUAUGGAACACGUAAAUUAUGAGUUGCUUUUUAUGAGCUUUGAUUGUUGCCUCUUCGAUUGCUAAAAAUUUAACUGAAAUCAAUUCUUGGCUGUUUUAAAAAUGUUUUUCCGAAAUUGUCAAUCGUUUGAAAAACCCGCUGGACUAGCUUGGAAACCCUGCACCUGACUCGCGGAAUUCGAUCGGUUUCGAUAGAUUUUUGUGGUUUUCGCGAUUUUCUCGACGUUUUCUGGCCCCCUUUCGCCGCCGUUUCCGCAAAUCAAUUCCAGCGGCUUGUCUCAUUUUUCGUCAGGGUGUGCGUUGUGGAGAGGGAGGAGCACUACUUGAAGAGCCUAAUUCGAACGCUGUGUAGUCGGUGUAAAUAUUUAAACGCAAUUAAUGUCCCCCCACUCUCCCUGAGACUGCGGUGUGCGUCCGAGCCGCGAGUGCGUGUGCAUCGGAACGACUCCGGAAACUCUUUCACUACUUUUCCUGUGCUCACAUUUUAUCGGUGGAAACGCUGGUGAUGCAGAUUUUCUCGGCAGAAAGCAAGACAGAGAUUUUCUGGCGAGAGGGACGAGGACACACGUGACAUUGAUUCAUUCAUUAGUGGCAGUGCUCAGAAGAUAUAUGCAUAAAAGAAACUUUCGUUCCAAGUGGCAUUUAUUCGAUUGAUGAUGAUAAUUAUAUUCCUGUGUCUAUUGCGUUUCAUAUGUGAUCAGAGCAGUUUUAUGCGAAUCUCAUCUCGACACAUUUCGUUGUAGUGUGAACAGACUUAUUAAUAAAAAUAUAUGACGUUGCAAAACCCG